UCCACUUUUCUGCUUAGCAAUUUUUCAUCGCUACAGUGAUACGGAUGGGAAAUGUUCAUCAAUUUUUUCAGGCCAUUUUAUUUUGGCUGUAUAAAUAUUCUGCUAUUUUCCAAAAAAUAGAGUAUUUUCUAGCAAAAUGUCUAAGCGUGGGGCUGACGAUGCAGGUGGUGGCGGUAGUGUCGCGGCUACCACAAACCUAGGGCAGCCACCGAUUAAGAAGGUGCAUUUUGAGCCUCACCUUAUUGGGCCAGUAUCGACGCUCGAAGAAAUGGACAUAAAAGUGCUGGAGUUCCAGAAUAAAAAACUCGCACAACGCAUUGAACAACGUAUGCGUACGGAGGCAGAGCUGCGCCAUCGUAUCGAGCAACUUGAGAAACGGCAGAUGCAGGAUGACGCGGUUCUCAAUGUAGUUAAUCGAUAUUGGAAUCAAUUAAAUGAAGAUAUACGUGUACUUUUGCAACGUUUCGAUGCCGAGACGGCGGAUGAGUCGGAAAAUCGCAAUGAAAAUGAAGUAACAACGUCUUUCCUUACUCAGUUGUCCACAUGGGACAAAGAAGAACUUGAUGAUAAGCUGGCCAAUAGGGUACAGGUCUCGAAAAGAGCCGUAGCAAAAAUUGUGCAGGUAAUUGAUAGAAUUAUGCAGCGUAAUGAGAAGAUCACUAUAGCAUUGAAAGAAGGUACUGGCGUAUCAAGUGGCAGCAAUUCGAACGCUAACGCCGAGGGUGAAGAUGGCACUGAUAAUGUUACAAAUAAUCUGUUGCCCAAUAUUGACGAGACUUUAAAACAAACUCAUAUUGAAAUUAUGACAGAGAACCGGAAUUUGCAAAGUUUGAACACUUCACUGCAUGAAAAGUUCCACACUAUUUCGCUAAAAAUGAAGGAGUGUCAGGAUGCGCUGACAGCUAAAGAAACGGAAAAUGCCGAAUUGAAGAACCAGAUAGAUGAGCUUCAAUAUGAUUUGGAGAAAGUGCACUGUCGCAAUGAUAAGUUGGAAAAUCAUUUGGCAGAGGCAAUUGAGAAACUAAAGGCUUACCAUCAAAUGCACGGCGAUCCUAACAAAAGCUCUUCAUCGGGCAAAACAUCCGGAACAGCCAAUGUGAAUAGUCAACAUUAUGAAGAUUUACAAAAAGAGCUCGAAGAAUAUCGUGAGCUUGCAAACAAUCGCCUACAAGAGUUGGAUAAACUUCAUGCGACACAUCGGGAAACGCUGAAGGAAGUAGAGAAAUUGAAAAUGGAUAUUCGUCAACUACCUGAGUCUGUGAUUGUGGAGACUACAGAAUAUAAAUGCUUACAAUCGCAAUUCUCUGUUCUAUAUAAUGAAUCAAUGCAAAUUAAGACAAUGUUAGAUGAAACGCGGAACCAGCUGCAAACCAGCAAAAAUCAACAUUUACGACAAAUUGAAGUAAUGGAAAGUGAGGAGUUAAUCGCGCAGAAAAAGGUGCGCAGCGAAAUGAUUCAAAUGGAGGAUGUGCUAGCACAAAUUCGGAAAGAAUAUGAAACUUUACGCAUUGAAUUCGAGCAGAAUAUGGCAGCUAAUGAGCAAACAGCGCCAAUAAAUAGAGAAAUGCGGCAUUUGAUUACAUCACUGCAGAAUCAUAAUGGACAGCUGAAAGGCGAGGUGCAGCGUUAUAAACGUAAAUACAAAGAUGCUUCGGCUGACAAUGUGAAGCUGCGAAAAGAGGUAGAGGACACAUUAGCUAAGUUAGAAGGUACUAAACAACAACCUCCCACGGCAGAAGAAGUAAAACAAGAAAGUGGAAACUCUGUGAAAGAAGAAACCGCUACAAGCGGUGGAGGAGCAGCAGGCGCCGGUACAAAUGAAUCAUCAGCCGCAGUAAAAGAUGAACCAGGUGCCAAUGCUAAGGGUGAUGAUGGUGAAGAGGAAACGAAGGAGCAAAAGGAGGGUAUAAAACAGGAAAAGAGUUCGACAGGUGUUGCUGCCGCAGCGGGAGAAAAGAAAGAAGCACAAGCUGCCAACAGCACAAACAGCAAUGCUACAAGUGGAGCAAACGCAGGAAGCACACCAUGCACAGCUAAUGUUAAAGUGGAAAAAGAUGCUAAGGAUGUGCCAAAAGCAAAGGAAAUCAAAUUAAUGGAAUCUGAAAUAGUGCGAGACUUGAAAGCCCAAUUGAAGAAAGCAUUGAAUGACCAGAAAGAAAUGAAGCUUCUUCUCGACAUGUAUAAGGGCGUUUCAAAGGAUCAACGCGAUAAAGUCCAGCUGAUGGCUACAGAGAAAAAAUUGCGCUCAGAAAUUGAGGAAUUGCGCCAACAAUUGAAAAAGAUACAGGAAAGUAAGCGUGAAGAGCGUAAAAAGUUGGCUGAUGAGGAAGCAUUACGUAAGAUAAAACAACUUGAAGAGCAGAAAUACGAAUUACAAAAACAAGUGGCUAGUCAAAAGCCAGUGGAGAAUACUUGGGGUGGAACUGGUGGAACAAAUUAUGCCCGUCCAUUUGUUGGUUCGCAUGAGGAAGAAGCUUUGUUGAAUGAAAUGGAGGUGACCGGGCAGGCAUUUGAAGAUAUGCAGGAGCAAAAUUCUCGAUUAAUACAGCAGCUGCGAGAGAAGGAUGAUGCCAACUUUAAGCUUAUGUCGGAACGCAUCAAAGCCAAUCAAAUGCACAAUUUGUUGCGAGAAGAAAAGCAAAUAUUGGUCGAUCAAAUGACUACGCGAGAUACUCAAAUUGAAGCAAUGCAUAUUGUAUUGCGUAAGCUGGAAGAGAAAGAACGCAGCCUACAAGCGACGGUAGCCACUAUAGAAAAAGAAUUAAUGCUGCGACAACAAGCGAUGGAAAUGCACAAGCGAAAAGCCAUCGAAUCGGCACAGUCAGCAGCUGAUUUAAAAUUGCAUUUAGAGAAAUAUCAUUCACAAAUGAAGGAAGCGCAACAAGUGGUAGCGGAAAAAACUAGUUCACUGGAGGCGGAAGCCUACAAAACGAAGCGUCUACAGGAGGAGCUCGCGCAGUUUAAGCGCAAGGCUGAACGUAUGAAAAAGAUUGAGAUGGCGGGUAGUACUAUUGAUGAAGUAGUUCUAGAAGAGAUACGUGAAUAUAAAGAGACGCUCACGUGUCCUUCGUGUAAAGUUAAGCGGAAGGAUGCGGUGCUUUCGAAAUGUUUCCAUGUCUUUUGUUACGAUUGCUUACGUACACGUUAUGAAACUAGGCAGCGAAAGUGUCCUAAAUGUAACUGCGCCUUCGGUGCAAAUGAUUAUCAUCGCCUCUAUUUAACUUAAAACACUUACGCUACAUUAUUAUCAUCAUAACAUAUUUCGCUAGUAAAUAUAUUUUAAUUUAAUUAAAGUUGCUAGCUUGUUGCUCUCGUAAGCGCAGCAAAGUUUAGCUAAGGUCUAAAGCAAGCUCUUGCAAUUCUGUAAACUUUCCAUGUCUACUAUAUAAAAUCCAUAAACUAUUGAUUUACUGUUAGAUGUAUGCAGAAUACGCAUUAAUCUUUGCAAUAAAUUUACCUCUAUCACUUGA